AAGGCGAAGAAAGGUGUAAUCUUUGAAAGUUUUCCACCUGUAUUGUAUUUGCAAUUAAAACGGUUUGAAUACGAUAUAGCAAGAUCUACUGUUAAUAAGAUAAAUAAUUAUUUUGAGUUUCCCAUGGAAAUUGAUUUAGAAAAAUAUUUAUCAUCAGAAGCAGACAAAACAAAACAGCAGUUUCCCAUGGAAAUUGAUUUAGAAGAAUAUUUAUCAUCAGAAGCAGACAAAACAAAACAGCAGUUUCCUAUGGAAAUUGAUUUAGAAAAAGAUUUAUCAUCAGAAGCAGACAAAACAAAACAGUAUAAAUAUUUACUUUAUGGAGUACUUGUUCAUAAUGGUUAUUGUUUUGGAGGUCGAUAUUUUGCCUUAAUAAAACCAAAUAAGAAUGGCAAAUGGCUAAAAUUUGAUGAUGAUAGAGUUAUACCUGUAACAGAUAAAGAGGUACUUGAAAAUAAUUAUGGAGACGGACUCUCAAGUGCAUAUGUAUUAGUAUAUAUCCGUGAGUCCGAUAUCAAAAAUGUAUUAUCUCCAAUGCUUCCUGAAGAUAUACCGAAAAAUUUGC